CUUGCCUUCGCCUUGCCCUUUUCGUUUUAGGGUGGAGGUGCUCUUACAGAGGAAGCAAAGCAAAGCGAAGUCUUGAGAGCUCAAAAAUAUCCAUAUGGAACCUGAAAGCAAGCCAAGUCUCUCUGAACUCAACAGCACAGCAGCAUUAGGAGAUUACGUUCUGAUAUCAGAGGUUGGGGAAGGCUCUUUCUCCAGAGUGUGGAAAGCCGUGCACACAGAAAGUGGGGAGGUGGUGGCUCUGAAGCAGGUCUUCCUCUCGCGGCUCAACAGGCGCCUCAAGAAUUGCUUGGAUUGCGAGAUCAAAUUCUUGUCCUCUGUUUGCCACCCCAACAUCGUUCGUCUCCUCAAAGCUUUUCAGAAUGAAGGUUGCAUAUUCCUGGUCCUGGAAUUCUGCAAUGGGGGAAAUUUGGCAGCCUAUAUUCGGCAACAUGGGAGAGUUCAUGAACAGAUCGCUAGGAAAUUUAUGCAGCAGCUUGGGGCUGGUUUGGAAAUACUACAUUCUCACCACAUCAUUCAUAGAGACUUAAAACCAGAGAACAUUCUACUCUCUCGCAGUGAUGAUGAUGCAGUGCUAAAGGUAGCUGAUUUCGGUCUCUCAAGAAGUUUACAUCCAGGUGAUUAUGCGGAGACAGUUUGUGGAUCCCCAUUAUACAUGGCACCUGAAGUUCUUCAGUUUGAAAGAUAUGAUGGAAAGGUGGACAUGUGGAGUGUUGGUGUAAUUCUUUUUGAGCUUCUUAAUGGUUGCCCUCCCUUUCCUGGUAGGACUAAUGUUCAGGUGCUUAAGAACAUCAAGUCAUCUACAUGUCUCCCUUUUGACCAACUCAUCCUUUCUCGGUUGCAUCCAGACUCUGUUGAUAUAUGUUCAAAACUGUUGUCUCGAAAUCCAGGUCUAGCAUUAUACCUUCCUCAAUUUCUUAUAUUCUUAUUGUACCCUUCACCAAAACUAGCUAUAUAUAUUGCUUAUCUGUUAGGACCAGGAUUCUCUACCAGGUUGGGAUUUUAUCUGGUUAUACCAGGGUAUUAAUUGUUCUAUUCUUUAAGGAGUUUAUGCACAAGCGCUCAGUCUUUCAACCCUGCUGAUACCUAGAGCUAAGAUCAAAUCCCAUUACCUCUACAAAUCAAUUCUCUGAAUGCAUGUAAGGGUGAAUAACCUCUAAUUUUGACUUCGUACAAGGAAAACAAAAUUAUUAUAAAUAAAAAAACUCAAUCUGUCCGACACCCAAAUUUCCCACAUCGAAACCCUAUUUCAAUUGUUGAGCCAUUCAAAUUUUUUUUUUUUUGUUUUUUGUUUUUGUUUUUUUUUGUUUGACUCUGAACUGUUAAUGUUAAGAAGAGCCGAUAGAUUGAAAACAGAAGAUACCUGAUCUGCCUAAAUAACUACAUAACGAAAAACUUUCAUGGAAUCGACUGCAUUUAGAUUCAAACUAAAGCUUUCCUCAUUAGCCAUCUAGAAGAACAGUUGCACGUUGAAGAUGAGUGAAAUUUUAGGGUAUACAAGUAGAAUUUGUAAAAGGUUUUCAUGUUUGAAGUUUCAUUAGUAAAAUUUUAUUGAGUCUUACAUAUCAGGUUCAAUACCUUGCUCUUGCAUGUUGAGGAUAAUUGAGUGAUUUGAAUUUUGAUUAAAGAAAAUCAAUAUAGAUGAGAUUUUUGUAUCUGCGCUUCCCAAUUUCAGUUUAUUGUCUAUGUGAGCAUAAAGUUGAAGUUUUAUUCAUUCGGUAUUGUGGUUUUCAUGGAGAUGUAAUGUAACCUAAAAAUGUUGGUGAGACAUUGGUUUGAUGGUUCUAGCCAUAGGGACCAUGAAUUUAGGUGAUUUUUCUCUUUUAUAGUUGUAGGGAAACAAUAUGGGAGGUUGAGUGUUCUCUUCAAGGUCAAGGAGGAGCAUGAAAGAUGAGGAUAAGGGCUGUGAGACAGUGCCAAUGUCAUUGUAGUCUUAACCGAAAAUAAACUUAAACAUUGCAGAUAUGGCACAGUCCAAACUGUAGAAGAUUCUGGUACAUGGGUUAAAGCAUGGUAUAACCAUGUAGGAUCCCAAUCUGGUAGAGGCUCUUGGUCCUUUGUCUUUAUGAGGAUGCCCGACUGAUUGAUGCACUAUUGCAGUUCACCGCCUGUCCUUCCAUGAAUUUUAUUCGCAUAGGUUUUUCAAGGUUUUUGGGAAGAGUUGAGAUGUAAAAACAAUUAUGGGAACUCAGAUGCAGUUUGAAAUCUAUGUAGAAAGUGCUUUUACUGAUGAGUUUCAUUCCCAAAAGGCAACAAGGCACCAGUUGAGAUCAAGUUCCAAAAAGAAAAAAUUGUGUUAGAAGAGGUUUCUUGAUUGGGAAAGUUAAGAUCUUCAAUCUCCAUCAAUUUUCCAUGGAUCGUGAUGUUUUUAGGCUCAUUCCUUUUGUUUUGGUAAUAACUAUGAGCUUAGAAGUUGGAAUUCAAUUUCAGAAAGUCUGUCUUGAUUGUAAUAUCUUGAGUCAUUUGGUUCCAUAAAGGGCAUGUUCAUGAUAUAAUAGAAAUCCUCCUAUGAAAAUGAGAUUGCUCGAGUUCUAUUUUUGAUGCUCCUCUUCUUGGAUGCUCAAGACCAAAAGCAUUAGUUAAAAGAGGUAUUAAUACGUAAUAUUGAUUUUACAAGCAUAGUUCUUAGGUAUGUAUUUUAGUGAAGGAUCCUAUUUCAUCCAAUGAAACAAACACUAACAGUUACUUCUUUCUCA